UUCGGCGGUAGGUGGGUAAAAGGCUCGUACGGUCGUCUCUCCACACGGCCGGCCACACGGGCUCUUCAUCUUCCUCCUCGUUGCCAUUUCUUCCCUGCUACAAAUACUCCUCGCGUGGGCUUCUCUCGAUCCAAUCCCAUCUUCCGAUCCACGCAACACUUUCAAGCUCACAAUCAAGUCGGUCACGACUCACAAUCAAGGUCAAGCAAGCUUCCUUGCUAGCAGGAUGCCGAGGGCGUCCAAGAAGAAGCAGCGGUCGGCGUGGGGCUCCCUGUUGGGCAGCUGCCUGGGCGGGGGCGGCGGGAAGACGGGGAAGCAGGUCCGCCCCGGCCCUGUCCCGAGGAAGCGCGAGUCGUCGGCGGCGGCGGUGGGGGGCGGAGUCGGGCAGCGGCUGUCGUUCACGGACGUGAUGAGCAUGAGCGCGGCGUCGGAGCAGGAGCUGUCGGUGUCGCUGGUGGGCUCCAACCUGCACGUGUUCACGGUGGCGGAGCUCAAAGCGGCGACGCAGGGGUUCCUGGACGACAACUUCCUCGGCGAGGGCGGGUUCGGGCCGGUCUACAAGGGCGCCGUCGACGACAAGGUCAAGCCCGGGCUCAAGGCGCAGCCCAUCGCCGUCAAGCUCUGGGACCCCCAGGGCGCCCAGGGCCACAAGGAGUGGCUGUCGGAGGUGAUCUUCCUGGGGCAGCUCCGGCACACGAACCUCGUGAAGCUCAUCGGCUACUGCUGCGAGGACGAGAACCGGCUGCUCGUCUACGAGUACAUGGCCAAAGGCAGCCUCGAGAACCAUCUCUUCAAAAAGUUUCCUCCCGUUCUGUCGUGGUCAACCCGGCUGAACAUCGCGGUGGGCGCCGCCAAGGGCCUCGCCUUCCUUCACGACGCGGAGAAGCCCGUCAUAUAUCGCGACUUCAAGGCAUCCAACAUCUUACUCGAUCCGGACUACAAGGCGAAGUUAUCUGAUUUUGGCCUUGCAAAGGAUGGACCGGAAGGUGACGAGACCCAUGUCUCGACACGUGUCAUGGGCACCCAUGGCUACGCCGCACCAGAGUACAUCCUAACCGGUCACCUGACAGCGAAAAGCGAUGUUUACAGCUUUGGUGUCGUUCUUCUAGAAAUCCUCACUGGAAGACGAGCCGUGGACAAGACUAGACCUAGUAGGGAGCACCACCUAGUCCAGCACAUGCGGUCGUGGCUCAAAGACCCAGAAAAGCUAGGAAAAAUCAUGGACCCUGCUUUGGAGGGUAAGUAUGCCACCAUGGCAGCUCAUAAGGCAGCCCUGGUGGCAUACCAGUGCCUGAGUGGCAGCCCAAAGAGCAGGCCGGACAUGUCGAAGGUCGUGGAAAACCUAGAACUGCUGCUCAACCUCGUGGAUGAUGUUCCCGGUGAACCGGUGAUGCAUGUAGCUUCACAAGAUGACACUAGGAAGGAAAAAACAACAAGAAGAAAUGGGGAAAGGGAGAGCAAUAAUGGGGGUCACCGAAAUAAAGCCAUGCCUCCGAAGAAGACCGUUAGAGGGAGGGGGAACCAAAGCGAGGAGCUUUGGGAGUGGAGCACGCCUGGAGAAGGGAAAAUCUAGUCUAAUAGUAGGACACUUUCUUUGGGUGGAACGUGGAUGUACAUGUUGAUGGUUGCACACUAGUUUUGAUGUGGAGGGGGGGUCCACCCUUCCCUAAUUUGUUAAUUUUUUUAGUCCUUAUUGCCUUGACCUGGUUUUACCGUACUAGUCCUUCUAUAAAGAAAUAAAGAUCAUUUAGAUCACUAUAUUAGUGAUCUAAACAAUCUUAUAUUUCUUUUACAGAGGCAAUAUCAUUUUCGAAAGUGAGAUCCACAAGGAAAGUCCACGUACAGUUGA